AAAACCUCACCGAAUAGAAACGAUUCGGGUUUGUUGAGUUGGUUCGGAUUGGGAGGAUCAAGUUAUGAUAGCAGAGAAGUAAAGCCAACACCUGAUCAGCAGCAGCUCAUCAAGAUAGCACAAAAUGUGAUACUGGAAUGCCAUCCAGAACAGCUGAUCGUCGAUGGAAAAUACCUGACGUCGUCAGCUCUUACCGAAUUAGUCAACGCUAUCGUACAAGCUUCAUCAGCUAUUGUUUCGCAGUCCGAGGGAAUGGCACCUUCACAACAAACGAAAAAGCUUAACGAGCAGGAUGAAGAUGCAUUGGUAUUGUAUCUGGAACUGAUGGUGAGUAUAACGUUGGAAAACAAGGAUCGAUUGUCACAAAUAUGGCCAUCAGUUCAGCAUCACUUACAGUGGAUCAUGUCAACGUUCGGACGGAAUCCAGUUCUGGUCGAAAGGGCUGUUGUAGGAUUGUUGAGAUUAGCAAAUCGCAAUCUUUUCAGACUGAAGGAUGAUAUUGCUGAAGAAAUUCUGCAUUCGUUGGCUAUGUUAUUGAAACUGCGACCACCAGCAAUGUUCAUGUUCUCACGUCAAAUUGCGUUCGGCCUUCAUGAGCUGUUACGUGCGAAUGCGGCGAAUGUGCAUCGCAAAGAGCAUUGGGCCGUUCUGUUCGCUCUGUUGGAGGCAGCUGGUGCGGGCGCAUACGCAGAUGAUAUUCAACAGCAACAGCGAGAGACGGUUGGUUCAUACUUUCGGUUCAAAGAAAUUGGAUAG